AUGCCUGAGGGACGCGAGAUUAUGUUGGAACUGCUGGAGGCAUGGGGAGAUCCGUGCUACAUCGGCCUUACGGGUUUGGAGGUGAUCGGCGAGUCUGGGGAGCCGCUGAGGCUGUCGCCGGACUGCAUUCGCGUUGUGGGCGAAUGCGCAGGGGAGGGAGCGGUGGAAGGGGCAGGUGUUGGGGGCACACCUGGCGGCGUCCACAGGCUGUUGGAUGGCGCCAACCGCACUCUGGAUGAGGCACACAUGUGGCUUGCGCCUGCGGCCAGGCAACCGGAAGAUUGCCAUGGUGACCGCCCCACCCGGCUGCAGAGCCUGGUGGUCUGGAAUUACAACGGGGCCGUGGACGGCACCGACAGCGGCGCCAUGCGCGUCCGCCUCUCCCUGGACGGCCAGCGCCUCUCCCCGCCGGGGGGCACCCUCCUACGAAAGGGCCCCGCCACGGACGCCUUCCCCUACGGCCAGGCCAUACGCCUCUCAACCCGCCCGCCACAUCCAGAGGCCACAGAGAAACAGGUCGCCAACCUUCCCACCCAAACCACACCCAUCUGGAAAAUCGGAAUAUGUUGA